CUCCGUUGCCAUUUUGGCUCAAGCUUCUUGAGCUGGGCAGCUCGCAGCCGCACCGCGCGCCUGCGAGCGUUCCUCCUUGUCGCGAGGGGGCGGUCAUCUCCGCGCGCGCGGAGCUCCAUGGCGCCAUGAGGCUUCUGGGCGCCGUGGCCACGUUCAUCGCAUUCGCGGUGCUGAACUACACAAUGCACGGUGCUGGCGGCUCGCUCCUCGCUGCUUCUGCGGCGUUUUCUGCUUCGCCGUCGACCCCUUCUACGGCUCCGACUGCUCCUCGUCGGAGAGGCGCCCGCUCUGCGAGCAAAGUCCAUAAGCGUCGGCGACGUGCGUACGAGAUGGGCUUCAUCCCGUACCCACCCGAUCGGCGACAACGGGGCAUGCAGCUGCAGCACGCCUCGGGCCAGCCAGUGAAGCAUGACAGGGACAAGCCGCAGAACUGCAGCACUGACUCGGAGCUGGACGACACAGCGGCACAACAGCCGCAGCUCGCCUACGUCAAGGAGCAGGGGAAGUACCAGGGCGCCAACUGUGACGAGGCCAUUGAGAAGCACAUCAAGAAAUACGUGAAAUGCGAAUCGCUAGACCAGCUCACCACGGACUUGCUCGGCACGCUCACGAAGACCAUAGAAGACAUCUCCAUACAGAUCGUCGAUAUGGUCGUCACGAGCUUGCAGAAGAAUAGCACGGAGUACAUCAAGGAGCUGGCCGUGCUGACACAGCGCGUGGAGGCUAUGGAGGCCGCUCAGGUACAGCGCCCACAAGACGAUGGUGUUGUCCGUAACAGACUGCCUGGGCGUGAGCUGGACCAGGGUGACAAGCAUGACGUCCUCUUGCAGAUGUUCGAAAAACAGAAGCACAACAUGAACAAGUUCACCAAACUCGUCGAGGAGACGGGCUUGAUCAAGGAGUCCGCUUUCGUCACCUUCGCGGACCUGGACAUCCGAGAUGCAGAGUGGCGGGAGGACCUCGCACAGAUCAUGCACCAAACCAAGAAUUGCGAGCAAACAAGGGAGGAGGCCUCUUCAGCGGCGUGCACAGCUCCUACCACGUCGUGCGCCUCCUCUCCAUCGACGGCGGCCCUGUACUACGACACCCUACUCGCAAGCUUCCAGGACGAGGAGUGCAUCAACCAGUUCAACAACAUCCUGGACGACCAGUUGGUUGGCUCGCUGGAGCUCCGGCCCUCCUCUGGUGGUUCUUCCUCGCCGCAUUUUGCGGCGUCAUCAAAGUCUUCUACACCAAUGUCGCCCUCGGUGGCGUCUCCUGCGGCCUCGACGGGGUCGCCUCCAUAUUCAUCUUCGGCGGUAUCUUCGACGGUAUCAUCUGAGUGCCGCUUUGCGACGCUCCGCCGCUAGCCUGCACCGUCCCUCCCCUGGGUACGUGCGCUCCUCCUCCUCCUCCUCCUCCUCCUCCUCCUCCUUCUCAAUGACCUCAAUGACCAAGGCGCGCCGAGUCAAUCCAGGAUCAACUGGCGCAGGAAAAUGGUCAGUCAGAGUCGUCUGACUGACUAUGUGCACC